UUCUCUGUAUGAUAUAAAGGUGAAUAUUAUAGAGUCAGUAUUAUCCACGAUAAUAGUACAAAACAAUUUGCCAUAACAGUCGAUGCAUCACUAUAUUUCUCUUUACUUUACGUCUAAAGCUUUCGUAAUACCUUUAUAAAUAAAUAUAACAGUUUUAACUAUGCACUGCCGAGGAAACAGUCGAAUAGUCUAAAGUGUAUGCCGCAUACAUAUUCAAUGAACACAUUAUAUACCUCUUUCCAUAACAUUAUUACACGUACAAAUGACAAGGUAUAUUGUGCUAUUAUACAUUAAAUAUUUAUAUAUUAUAAGCCAGCAACAGAGUGUAACUUCGGCAAAGAAAACAUAACAUAAAAAGCAAUCGAGAACGAAUGUAGAAUCCGGAAUUCUUACAUUGAUAAAGUUAUGGCAAGGAAAAUAACUCCAAAAGCAGUGGUUGUAUUUUUGAAACUUACGAUCUUUUUAUGCUUUUCCUGGCCUCCUCCAAAGACCGCUAGUAGAUUUCAAGUUAUACGUUUCAAAACUUUGCGCUUCUUGCUCUGCAUAAAUGCGGUAGUAUUGAUCAUGCCUGUGAUAUACACUCUUUAUGAUGACUACACUCUAUAUAAUGACUAUGAUUUAGCAACGCUAACGAAGCUGUGGUGCUUAUUGGGAGCCUUUGUACAAGUCCCUGUGGAAGUAACACUGUUCGCUCUACAAUAUGACCGUUUGCAAGAUUUAAUUUCAGAGAUGGAACAUUGUUUCGAAUGCGCGGAAGCGCACGAAAAAGACGUGUAUCAACGAUACGUCAAUAAAUGCGUGCCGUUUUACGCAGCCUCUACACUCUCAGUUUUUUUCACCGCGGUUAUACCAUUAGUUAUACCACUAAUAACGGUCGAUCAAGUUUUUCCAACAGAAGCAAGGUAUCCUUUCGAUGUGGAGUAUGAACCGCUCAAGACCAUUAUCUUCGUGCAACAGUUCAUCGUUGCUUGGCAGUGUUUUUCGAAUGUUUGUCACGGCAGUUUCAUUGGUAUUCUCAUAUGGUUCACCGUAGCGCGCUUCGAGAUCUUAUCCCAACAAUUUCGCGCAGUUAACGGAGCUCGUGAAAUCAUUAUAUGCAUACGGCAGCAUGUUAAAUUGUUGAGGUAUGCUCGAGAGGUAAUCACUGCGAUUCGCUCAGUUAUGUUAUUGAUAAUAAUCGUUUGCUCAUGGGUAUUUGUAGCCAGUGGUUUAACAAUUAUAGGCCAAUCUACGGUAGAAGACAAAUCGCGAUUCAUCAUUCUAUCAACAGCUGCACUUUUGGAAGUCUACGCGUGCGCGUGGCCAGCCGAUUACUUGAUGGAGGCGAGUACCGAUGUUUCACAAGCAAUAUAUGAUUCAUUGUGGUAUAACCAAAGUGUUACCUUCCAAAGAAAGAUAUGUUUUCUCUUACUGAGGAGCCAAAUACCAGUGGCCAUUUCAGUUUCCGCUUUUCUACCUGCCAUAUCUUUGCAUUAUUACGCGUCGGUAAGAUCUUCGAAUUCUGCCAUUCUUCCUGUACAUCGUCCACAGAAUGUUACGACCUCUCGCGAACAGUCAAGAACUACAAACUCGUGUUAUAACCAUAAAGUAUAUAACAAACUAGAGUGA